CACGUGGUUGACGCGCAUAUUGAUGUGCUACAUCACACCUGUAGGCUGAACCCAGACCAACCCACAGGUGUGAUGUGGCAACAUCAGUUGUUUGCGUGAUCAUCGAGGACACACCUAAAGGUAGGACUAGUAGAACUAAAAGAUGGAGAGAGAUUCUGGAAAGAUGCGUGUUAUGGUGACCGGUGGCACUGGGCUGGUGGGCAAAGCCAUAGAGAAGGUGUUGAAUGAGGAAGGAGGAGCAAGAGAUGGAGAAGAAUGGAUCUUCCUUUCAUCCAAAGAUGCCAACUUAAUGGAUGUAGAAGAGACAAAAGCUGUGUUCCAGAAACAUCGUCCAACACAUGUCAUUCAUCUGGCAGCCAUGGUGGGCGGUCUCUUUAAAAACAUGAGACAGAACCUUAGCUUUUGGAGAAACAACCUCUACAUCAAUGACAACGUGCUACAGACAGCUCACGAGUUUGCCGUGAAAAAAGUCGUGUCCUGCCUUUCUACCUGCAUCUUCCCAGACAAUACCACGUACCCCAUUGAUGAGACUAUGAUUCACAAUGGCCCACCUCACGAAUCCAACUUCGGUUAUUCUUAUGCUAAACGAAUGAUUGAUGUCCACAACAGGGCAUAUUUUAAACAGUACGGUCAAAAGUACACCGCCGUCAUCCCCACAAACGUCUUUGGUCCCCAUGACAACUUCAACAUAGAGGAUGGCCAUGUUCUCCCAGGACUCAUACACAAGACCUACAUAGCACAAAAGGAGGGGACGGCUCUGCAGGUCUGGGGUUCUGGCCGUGCACGACGACAGUUUAUUUAUUCGCAUGAUUUGGCUCGACUCUUUCUUUGGGUACUCCGGGAAUACGAUGAAGUGGAACCAAUCAUAUUGUCAGUGGGAGAGGAAGACGAAGUGUCAAUCAAAGAAGCUGCAGAUGCCGUAGUCGAAGCUUUGGAGUUCAAAGGGAAAGUUGUCUAUGAUACAAGUAAAGCUGACGGGCAGUUCAAGAAAACAGCCAGCAACGCUAAACUCCGCAAAUACCAUCCUGACUUCACCUUCACUCCUUUCAACAAAGCCAUCAAGGAGACCUGCGAAUGGUUUGUGGCCAAUUAUGACAUGGCACGCAAAUAAGGACUGAAAGACUGAAGAAUGCCACUUGAUAUUUUUUUUUGUUUUUUAGGACUUUAGGUGACAUUACAACAUUACACCAGUUGCACUAUUACACAGAGUACAUUGGCUUAUUAUUAUUAUUAUUAUUAUUUGAGAAAAACUUGAAUGAUAGCUUGAUACGAUAAGUACAAAUGAAACACACCUGAACAUGAAGUUAGUGGAAAAAUACUCAACAACAGGGCGAUGUGAUACAGUCUCGACUCGAAGUAUACCACCCCAAAGUCGAUUCCCACCCCAAAGUGUUUUAAUUCCACUUAUACACCACAGGAAGGCCAACAUAAACAAGUUAUUUUCGUUUAAGAACAACGUGUCAUGUUAUUCUUGUAAGUUUUUGUUGUGAAAGGUCUGAGAAACAAGUUUUGUUUUGUUAUAACACCUAGAAAUAUUUCCUCAUCAGUCAAUAUUAUAAAGGACUGACAUCUGAGAUUUCUAACAAUGGUGUUUAAUAAAUAUCUCCACAGAGAAAUGUCCAAAAUAUAAACCACUAGUUCAGCUGUUACUUUAGAAUAUUUAUAUAUUCCUAUAGUGUAUAUUUCUAUAAACCUGAUCAAUAAGAUUUUAGAAUAUAAAAUGUCAGUAAGUUUACUAAACCCUAAGUGCAGGGCAUUUCUAUAUUCCUUCAAUUUUGAAUACCUAGCUUCUAAUCGGAUUGGGUUUUCCCGAUGUUAACCCUUACAGCUGUUACAGUUAGAGAAUAACACAUCGCGAAUGCCUUCAAAUCAUCGUAGCUGUAGUGAAGAAAACAUGUAUCGUAACAGUCCCUUAAUGCUACUUCACUGUGAUUUCAUACACACUUGUCCUCUUCGUCUUCAAGCCUUCGCCUUAGCACUACUCCUUUCGGGCUGAGAAAGAGCUGUGGCUUGCCUCAUUUCUGUUUUUCCCCCCCCACUUAUAUAAAUAAAUAAAUAAUAUAUUACAAUUCAAAUCCAUUGCAAAGGUGCAAUACAGUAAGUAUUCACACCCCUUUAUUUUUCAGUUUUUCUACAACCCUACCUCUUAACGACAAAGCAAACACCGAAUACGAGACGUUCUAGCACAUUUCAUCAUUCCCUGGCAUUUUGUUUUUAACAGACAUCAUUUAGAUUGGCAAGCAUCUGUCUAGCAUGUUCUAAAUGGUCAUGAUGGUUAUCAGAGCAAACGAGGACGAUGGAUUGCUUACACAGCUCAGAGGCAGAUCUGGGGGAGGCUACAAAAAACUUUCUGCUGCAUUCGAGGUUCAUAAGAGCUUAAUAGCCUCUAUAAUUCUUAAAUAAAAUAAGUUUCCAUCCAUAGAGCUGGUCACCUGGUCGAUCCAAGAAAUCAGGCUGAAGUGUUUUAAUAAGGAGCUACUCUGUGUGAUUAGAUGAAACGUCACAGACAUGUGAAAGCUUGCUUGGAAUUUGAAAAAAAUAAAGAAAUAAAUAAAUAUGUAAAUAAAUAAAGCUACUAAAGGACAAGAAAAAUUUAAUUUCUCAGGUCUGAUGAAUUGAAGUGUGAACUCUUUGGCCUAACUCCCAUGCGUCAUCACUUGAUGUGACGAUGAAGCACGGUGGUGGUAGCAGCAUUCUCAUUAUUUGGCAGACACUUUUGUCCAGAUCGACUUGCAUUUUAGUUCUCAUUUGUACAUCUGACCAAUUGAUGGUUAAGGGCCUUGCUCACUGGUAACCUGUUGUGGGGGUGUUUUUCAGCAGCAGGGCCUGGGGCACUGGUCAGAGUAAUAGGAAAGCUGGACACAGUAAAAUGUAGUGAUAUCUUUAUCCAAAAACUGUUCCUGAACUUUCAGGUCCUCAGAAAUUUUGGGCCAAAGGCUCUAAACCGUGCUGAAAGGACAAUGCAUGCAUGGCUUAGUGCCUAGACAUCAAACAUGUCUGGAAAAAAACCUGAAAAUCUACAAAGCUUGUCGUACUAAAAUUAGAUAUGAAGCUGUAAUCGCUGUUAAAGGUGAUUCAACUUGAAGUUCUGACAAAAACCGGAAGGAUUUUACACUAUCUUCUCUACACUAAAAUAAAGUUGUUGUAGGGUAUUAUUUGUUUGUUUUAUAUAUAUAUAUAUAUAUAUAUAUAUAUAUAUAUAUAUAUAUAUAUAUAUAUAUAUAUAUAUAUAUAUAUACUGUAUAUUAAAAUGUGAACAUGAUUCCAAGAGUGUCAUCAUGAAAUAAAUCAUUUAAUAGCUACUUUCUUUAUGACCAAAUGUUGGAUGUGAUAGAACUUUUCUUUGCCAGGAUGUUAACAAUGUUUUUACUCUGAUCUGAACAGCGUUGUAUAUAAUUUAUAUGAUGAUAAGGGUUGAUGAGGAUGUAAUGACAUCUUUGCACAUCGGUGACUAAACGAAUGACGUUUAAAUUAAGAUUUUCUGUAAAAUUAUCUUACAGAUUCAGAUUAAAUAUAUAUAUAUCUACGAAA